AUUUUAAAAAUUUGUUCCGAGAAAGCUUCCCCAAAUUUAAACAUGGCGGCCAACGAAACUGAGCAAUACGACGCAGACUCCCACCCAAAGCUAAAGGGCCCAAAUCAUUAGCUCUACAAUUACAGCUCAAACUGCAUUUUACUACUCUAUAUCAUAUAUAUACAUGUAUGUAUGUAUAUGUACUUGAGAACAUGCCACUUCUUAUGAAUGAUGGAGCGCCAGAGAUUUGCGAAUCUCCUCCGCGACUGCUCCAAGAACGCCCUCCUCGGCCGCGGGCUCCGACUCCAUGGGGCCCUCCUGAGGACAGGUCUCGGCCGGGACCUGAUGCUCAACAACGACCUGAUCGACAUGUACUCCAAGUGCGGCCGGGUCCACCUUUCCCGCCGAGUGUUCGACGGAAUGCCCGAGAGGAACGUCGUCUCCUGGACUGCCCUCAUGACUGGGUACCUGCAGAAUGGGGACCCUCUGGCCUCGCUUUCCUGUUUUUCUCGGAUGGUGGGCUCGUCGUGCCAGAGGCCUAAUGAGUUCACUCUCUCGACCGCGUUGAAGGCGGCUGGGACGUUUGGGGUUCUAGCGACUGGGGUGCAAGUCCACGGGAUUAGUGUUAAGUUGGGCCUCGAUUUGGUCUGUGUGGUCGGAAAUUGUGCAAUCGAUAUGUACUCUAAGUGCUGGAGAAUUAGCGAAGCCGAAUGCGUUUUUAGGAGCAUACCCUUUAGGAAUCUCAUCAGCUGGAAUGUCAUGAUUGCGGGAUAUGUGCUGGUAGAAAACGAACAGAAGGCUUUAGCUCUGUUCCGGGAGAUGAGAGAGGGAGGGGAGAUUCCUGACGAGUACACGUUUGCAAGCACGCUGAAGGCUUGCAGCUAUCUCGGGGCAUUUCUCGAGGGAGCGCAAAUCCACGCCUUCUUGAUAGCUAACGGGUUUCCUAUCUCCAGCUGGGCCGCUGUUGCUGGUGCUCUCGUUGAUUUCUAUAUAAAAUGUGGAUAUCUAUCUGAGGCGAGGAGACUGUUUGAUUGGAUUGAGGAGAAGAACAUUAUUUCAUGGAGUGUAUUAAUCCUGGGUUAUGCUCAGGCUGAGAACUUAUCUGAUGCGAUGGACCUGUUCAGGCUGCUCAGGGAAGAGAUCAAUGUGGAAGUAGACGGGUUCGUCCUUUCUAGCUUGAUCGGAGUGUUUGCUGACUUUGCCCUUGCAGAGCAGGGCAAGCAAAUGCAUGCUUACACCGUUAAAGUUCCGUGCGGCUUGGACAUUUCUGUAGUGAAUUCUGUUCUUGAUAUGUACCUUAAGUGUGGUUUGUUGGAUGAGGCGAAAAAACUUUUUGAUGAAAUUCCAUCGAGGAACGUGGUUUCUUGGACUGUGAUGAUUACUGGAUACGGGAAGCAUGGACUUGGGAAAGAGGCUGUUGAUUUGUUCAAUAGGAUGCGGUUUGAGAGCAUCGAACCUGAUGGAGUGAGCUACCUUGCUGUUUUCACAGCCUGCAGCCAUUCAGGACUCAUAGAAGAAAGUCAAGAGAUCUUCUCGAGAUUCCGUAGUGACAGGAGGGUCAAACCACAUGUGGAGCACUUUGCUUGCAUGGUGGAUGUUCUGGGACGGUCAGGACGAGUCCAAGAAGCGAAAAAUCUAAUUGAUAGCAUGCCAAUGAGACCGAAUGUAGGAAUAUGGCAGACACUGCUUAGUGCUUGCAAGGUUCACGGGCACCUUGAACUGGGCAGGGAAGUUGGGGAGAUUCUACUGAGAAUGGACGCCUUUAACCCGGUUAAUUAUGUGAUGAUGUCGAAUAUUUAUCUUGAUGCAGGCUACUUUAAAGAAAGUGAACAUGUGAGAGAACUGGUGAAGAGGAAGAGGUUAAAGAAAGUUGGGGGAUGCAGCUGGGUUGAGAUCGACAAGAAGAUGAACUUAUUUUACAGCAGCGAUGACUCACACCCACUUACAGAUAGAAUCCAUGAGGUAUUGGAUGAGAUGGAGAGGCGGAUGAAGGAAGAGAUUGGGUAUGUGCAUCGGGUUGGGUUUGCCCUGCACGAUGUGGAAGAAGAGUCGAAAGGGGAGAGCUUGAGAGUUCACAGCGAGAAGUUGGCGAUAGGAUUGGCUUUGGUUUCCGGUGGGCUAGAGCAGGGGAGAGGAGUGAUUCGGGUCUUCAAGAACCUGAGGGUCUGCGGGGACUGUCAUGAGUUCAUAAAGGGCUUGUCAAGAAUUUUAAAGGUGGUGUUCGUGGUGAGAGAUGCUAAUAGGUUUCACAAGUUCCAGGAUGGUUUGUGUUCCUGUAGAGAUUACUGGUAGGCCUGUUUCUUCUUUUAUAGAGAAGUGGCCUCACCAAGCUUCGGGUGCUGGAGGAUCGGAGCCACAACCUGAUGGAUGACCCAUGAUCUUUUAAUUUAACCAUGAACUGUAAGCAAGCGCAUCUUAUUUACUCGUGCAAGUUCUUCAGCUACCGGUAAGCCCAUUUUCGGGCUACAAAAGGGGUGAGCUUUCUGAAAGGUUGGCUAAUGGAGGAAGCGAGAAAAAAUGAACUUAAAUAUGAGAGGAAGGUGAGAUUUACACCGGACUUGUGAGGAAGUUAGAGGAUAUUUUUGGGGUCAUGAAUGCCUGGUUUUAUCUACUAGAGCUCAAUGAGUUAACAACGCGAUCAAUAGAUUAGAAUGAAAUACAAAUGUCUUGUAAUCUAUUCCA